ACGCAGUUUAACUCUCAACUCUUAAUUGGGUUGGUGGGUCACCUGUCAAAUGACCCUCUCUCUCUCUCUCUCACACACACACACACACACACACAUGCCAGCCUCUUUCCCUAGUUUGAAUGAGUUGAAUAUGUAAAGUUAAAAGCUCGAACAACGAACUGUUUCAGUCUCAACUCAAACACCUUUCGUUAUCACUUUACUCUUUUAACAUAACGAGCUUCAAAAUCUAGUUUUUCUGAACCAGAUCCAUAGACCCAGUAAAAAGGCAUAUAGCAUAAGAAUACUGAAGCAUGGCUUUGGGAAAACAUUCCCGGGUCGAUGGAAGAAAGUCAUCAAGCUGCUGUUCAACUGUUACUGUUGUGGUGUUUGUUGGUUUGUGUUUAGUUGGGGUUUGGAUGUUGAUGUCAUCCACUGUUGUUCCUGUUCAGAACUCUGACUUGUCUUCCCAGGGGACUAAAACUGAGGUGAAACAAAAAAUAUCUGAAAAAUUUUCCAGGCAGUUUGCAGAUAGUUCAGGAGAUUUAUCUGAGGAUGGAACUAAGGAAGAGGGUAACCCUGGAAAAUCUCAGGAUGAGAACAAUUCUGAUACAGAGUCUGAGAAUACUGUCAAGGAAAUCCAAGAAGAGAAAUUUAGGAAGGAAAGCGCUGAAGGAAGGACAGAGAGUGAAGAGGAAUCUAAGGGAGAUGCUGAAAAUGAUGGAGAUGGAGAUGGGAAAAGGGAGGACAAAGAGUUUGUUUCAGGAGGUGGGGAAUCACAUUCAGGGGAUGAGUUCGGUGGUGGGCAGCUAAAUUCAGGAGGCGGAGAAUCAAAUUUGGAUGGCGAGGAGUCAAAUUCAGGAGACACAGAAUCAAAUUCAGAAGGGGGGCAAUCAAGUUUGGGAGACACGGAGCCAAACAUCGAUGGCAAGGAUACAAGAAAUGAAGAUGGUGAAACAAGUGAGGAGAAGGUUGAUGAAAAUCAAGAUACCAAUUCCGAAGAAAGCUCCAAUACUAACAAGAUGGAUCACCAGGCAAAGGACCAGGCUUCAAAUGAGGUUUACCCUUCUGGGGACCAGUCUGAGAUAUUAAAUGAAGCUACUACUCAAAAUGGAGCUUGGAAAACGCAAGAGGUGGAGUCUGAGAAUGAGAAGGAAUCACAAAAAUCUUUAUUGUCCAAGGGCCAAAGUGGACAUAAGUGGAAACUCUGUAAUGUUACUGCUGGUUCAGACUAUAUUCCGUGUCUUGACAAUGUGCAAGCUAUUAGAAAGCUGCCAAGUACUAAGCACUAUGAACAUCGAGAGCGGCACUGUCCAGAUGGAGCUCCAACUUGCCUUGUCCCUCUACCUGAGGGAUACAGACAGUCGAUUAAGUGGCCUAAAAGCAGAGAACAGAUAUGGUAUCAUAAUGUUCCCCACACCAAGCUUGCAGUGGUUAAGGGACAUCAAAACUGGGUUAAAGUUAGUGGUGAUUACCUUACUUUUCCUGGUGGUGGGACUCAGUUUAAGAAUGGCGCCCUUCAUUACAUUGAUUUAAUCCAGAAAUCCCUUCCUAAUAUUGCAUGGGGGAAACGUAGCCGUGUUGUAUUGGAUGUCGGGUGUGGUGUGGCUAGCUUUGGAGGAUACAUGUUUGAAAGGGAUGUUCUCGCGAUGUCAUUUGCUCCCAAGGAUGAACAUGAAGCCCAAGUGCAGUUUGCGCUUGAAAGGGGCAUCCCUGCUAUAUCAGCUGUUAUGGGUACCACAAGGCUACCCUUCCCAAGUAAGGUCUUUGAUGUUGUCCAUUGUGCACGCUGUCGAGUCCCUUGGCAUAUUGAAGGUGGUAAACUCCUCUUAGAGCUGAAUCGUGUCUUGCGACCUGGUGGUUACUUUGUGUGGUCUGCUACUCCGGUUUACCAAAAGCUGCCUGAAGAUGUUGGCAUUUGGAAAGCUAUGACUGAACUAACAAAGUCAAUGUGCUGGGACCUAUUUGUGAUUAACAAGGAUCAAGUGAAUAGUGUGGGUGCUGCAAUAUAUAGAAAACCUACUUCUAACCAAUGUUACGAGAAAAGACCGCAAAAUGAGCCACCAUUGUGCAAAGAAGCUGAUGACCCAGAUGCUGCUUGGAAUAUAAAGCUUCAGGCAUGCAUGCACAAAAUACCACUAGCAUCUGAACGUGGAUCACAAUGGCCAGAGCAAUGGCCUCUAAGAUUGCAGAAACCGCCUUAUUGGUUGAAGAGUUCUCAGGUUGGAGUUUAUGGCAAAGCAGCUCCAGAGGACUUCACUGCUGACUAUGAUCACUGGAAACGCGUGGUAUCCAUGUCAUAUUUGAAUGGGUUGGGUAUCAACUGGUCUUCAGUGAGGAAUGUCAUGGACAUGAGAGCUGUAUAUGGAGGAUUUGCUGCAGCACUGAAAGAUCUGAAUGUCUGGGUUAUAAAUGUAGUCCCAAUUGAUUCACCAGACACACUUCCAAUUAUAUAUGAUCGUGGCCUGUUCGGGAUAUAUCAUGAUUGGUGUGAAUCAUUCAGCACUUAUCCGAGAUCCUACGAUCUUCUUCAUGCAGAUCAUCUUUUCUCUGAUAUUAAGAAAAGAUGCAAGCUAGUGUCAGUGAUUGCAGAAGUUGAUAGGAUCCUGAGGCCCGAAGGGAAGUUGAUUGUGCGGGACAAUAUUGAGAUCAUAGGGGAGGUGGAGAACUUGGCCAAGUCUCUACAGUGGAAGAUCCGGUUGACUUACUCAAAGAAUAACGAGGGAUUGCUGUGUGUUCAAAAAACAAAAUGGCGUCCAACGGAAGCAGAGACAAUUAUGUCAGCCAUUGCAUGAGCAUAGUGCUUUAAUUCCCACGUUUGAAAUUUCAUCACUUCUGAUAAUAGGUAUUUUUUUUUUUUGCUGUUCUUAUCAGAAGCCUUCUAAUAUAAGCAUGGUUACAAUAGCUUUUUAAUUUCUAUCACAAUAUGUAUUUCUGAGAUUGCUCUAGUAAUACAUCUCAGUUUCAUCUUUUUUCUGCCAAUUUUCAUGCCUUCCUUUGAAUCAAUGGGAUUGGCUUCGGAGUUUCGACGACUGUAAAGUCACAUUGUAUUAUUUUAUAUCAAUGAAUAUCCCAUCCAAAAGUGCAC